AUGCUGUGGCAUGGGAAAACUAAGAACAAGAACAGAAAGACGGAAUUUCUGGCGAUUGUCCUUCUCUUUCUAGCUGCAUCGACGGCAACAUCCUUUCAAAUUGGCAGCAAGCUUGCUCGACCUGACUUGUUCAGGCAUCGAAGCAGGCGACGGAUACUUUUACGGCCCACUGCAUCCCGGCCUGCAACCUCCUCGAUUGCUGCCGUGGUCCUUCUACCCGAUGUUGUACCAGGUUUUGGCUCUGAGACAUUAGUUUGGUUGACGACAGCGUUGGGAUCAGGGAUUGUCUUUGCAGUGGCCUUGUUAAAGGCUGCCUCUCCAGUGGUUCGGGACGCUGAGUUAUUGGAGAAGAAGACACGCGCUGUAGACGAGCUUCCAGAAUUGGAUGUGUGGAUCAGCACCACGCCGGAAGAGGGAGAAGAAGUCAAGGCUGGGAAUUACCCUGAUGCAUCAAAAAAAGUCAAUAACAACGGUGCCAACGACGGGAAAAAUCGAAAUGGCAUUAGGGUACCUGAAAAUAUUUCCCCUCAAUCCACAGCAUCCCAAAUAGAAGAUAUCUUUGAGAAUCCAGAACAAAAUGUGGGCGCCACUACUAACCCAGAUGCACGUCAAGCUGAACCAACAGGUUCUGCCGAUUCGGAGACGAUUGCAACAAUCAGCCUAGAAGAAAAAUCUGGUGUCAGCCCUCCAUUAAACAUGGAUGAUCAUGUCAAUGUCCAAAAGAGCAUGGAUACCCCAAUCCGGAAAGAUAGAACCGGGCCAGUCUCAUCACCAAAGCCUGAGGACUCUAUCAGUGAAACAUCGGUUGCUUCAACAUUCCAACAAGAGUACGAAGAGACUUCAUCGAAUUCACUUACACCAAACGAGGGAAUCCCAACCCGAAAUGAGAGCCCACCCGCAACGCGACAUGCACCCAAACAGAGUCUAAGCAAUCUACGUCUCAUAGCUUCGCUACAAGAUGCCGCACAUGAUGACAUUUUGCCUGCUGAUGAAGCAGAUGAAUUCGAUAAUGAUUAUCAACAUGGAACAGAAUUACAAUCAGCUUCCGCCGCGACAAAUCCACAAGAAGAAGCGGCAGUGCUGCAUCCAACACGAGAUGUUGCAACGGAUGAAACGCCUGUCGCAGCUGAGGAAGUCUUGCUAGUUGGUGCGGAGGGCGAUGAAAUGGCGGUUUCGUUUGACAUGCCAGCUGCAAAAGUCUCCGACGAGAACGAGGAUGUCGUUUCGUCUGCAUCUUCUCCGAGCGGCAUGACGCCGGAGUUUGAUGACCUGCUUGAUCAAGAGGUGAAUAAUGAUGAAAAGCCAACAUCUUCAAAGAAUUCAAAGAAGAGUCCAUCGCAAGAGCUUCUUGACGCCAUUGCUGCGAGCUCAGCCAGAGUCGAGUUUGAUGAACUUGAUGAACUCGAUCCUGUUCCUACUGCAAGAGCCAAGGCCAUCUUUUCUGGCUCCAAGCGGACAAGCCGCCCUCGAAACACCGAGAUAUCUGACUGGGUUCAAAAGUACCUGCAAAACCUUGCCAUGCAACAAACACGUGAACUCUUGAAUCGCAAGAAUCCGUACAUGCAAGUGUCCGCAGCGAGGGAGUCACCUCCACCGAACCGACAAGGAAGCAGUUUGCUCUUCGCCAAUGCACCGGGGUCCGAUAGAACAGCAAUUCCUGCAAAAGUCGAGGAACCCAACGAUUGCUUUUCCGACAACGACAACGAUUCUAUUCUUCCUCCUUCCUCCGUUGUGUCUUCCGAAAGUCUCCCAAAACUAGCCAAACGGAGCAGCAAGCAGCAAGUGAAUGGGUUCAAUGGACCAAAGAAGCAUGACGAUGUCGCGGUUGCAACUAAUGACAGCAAGACGUAUCUGGGUGAGCAGAAACGCCGAAAAAGCCGUCUUCCAUUAUUGAAGAAAAUGUGCUCUGUGGCUUUGGUCGUGUUCUUGGGACGAAGGCUGUUUGGUACCUUGAUCUCAUCCGCAUCAGCACUAUUCUUCUGA